UCGUGUUAAUGAUGACCUUCUUCUGCUCGCCGGCACCACAAGACACCUCCUCGCCUCACAGUCAAGUCUCUCCUCCACCAAUCGCAUCCUUCUGCCCACUUGAGGAUGAGGAGGAUGAGGAGGACUUGAAGACCUAUUUAUGAGCCCGGCGCGCCCUUCGGUUCCUCAGAGGCUCCCUCACUGCUAACUUCUGCGUGGACUGGCGCUAUGCUUCGCUCCCAGGUUCAGGUGCUGCUGGUGGCUCUGUGUGCGGCGGCCCUUCCGGUGCGGGUCGCCGGCGCCCCCCGACCCCAGCAGCUGCCGGACACACAGCAGGACGACCUCAUCGACGACCAGGAUCUGAGUCGCUUGCUCCUGCUGAGGUUUGCGUUCGGGCUGACGGGGCCGAGAGGGCAGGAGAUGCUCGGCGAGGUGGACGAGGAGGAGCUGGGGGACAGCGACCAUCUGAAGAGGAGACACAUUCGCUUCUCCCAAAGAGAGCGCAAAGCGGGCUGCCGGAGCUUCUUCUGGAAGACGUUCACCUCGUGUUAGCCCGGAUCAGACUGUCAGGAGGGGGCGUUUCUCCUCUUUAAAAACAGAUAAACCAACACGUUUGUAUAAUCUACUGAUGUUUGUCCAGCUGUAAACACUGAGGGGGGAUAAAGGAAGCAUCUGAAAUAAAAUAUCCUGAUUCGAAAAACUGUGAAAGCUGUUUCUGUGACUCCGCCCGUUCGGCGUCGGACCGCCAACAGCUGGUGUUCAUUUAAACCC